AUGUCUUGUUGUGUUUCCAUUAAAUGGGUGGCCCCGAAUUUGCCAAGCGAUUUCCGAUGUAUCAUGACCGAGUGCGAAGAUGCGACACAAUCCGAUGACCAACAUAGUGACACGGAGAAAACGGGGCGUUGGGAGGCACUUUUUACACAACAUCGAUCACACGGGGCUUGCAGCUACCGAGGAGGAUUUGGUUAUAGAGGAACAAAAAAACGUUUUAAUUGGAGAAGGAGAGAUGACAUUUUCCACCCCAUCCACCACAACAACAAUAACAACAAUAGCAAAAGCAACGCACUUCCACUCACCGGGACAGUCUCCGCACAGCGCGAAGUCUUCACUGAACUUGAUCGGCUCAAGAGAAAAUCUCGGAAAUUGGAAGAAGAAGUUCAAACUUGGAAGCAGGCUGUUGAAGCUCGAGAUCAUACAAUAAGAGACCAAAAAAUGGAGCUUUAUCAAUAUCAUCAAGAAUUAAAUUCAUCUAGAGCACGUAUGGAGCGAUUGAGGAUGCAUGAAGAAGAGCUUAACCGGCGGCAUCACGAGUCUUCCACUUUAAGAGCCAUAGCUGUUCCACGUGAAGAAGAAAUGCGUCUUGAAAAUGCUCGCCUGCGUGAAGAUAAUGAAAUUUUACACAAUUCCAUCAGAUACCGUCAGGGACAGACAAAUGAGGUGUUGCGAAACGUGCAGGCUGAGCUUUCUAAAUUAAAGAAAUUCACGUACAUCCCAGCGGAUGAUACGUGGUUCAAAGGGAUUUGGGAAGACGAAAAAACACGUGGGCCAAAAUGGGUGCCAAUGCAGCCAGUGGAGCAACCGACCCAUGGUGAUCCAGUUAUGGAUGAAAUAUUGGUGAAUCAUUUCUACGAGGUUCCUAGAAGUAUACACGAUUCAAAGGCGAAAGAGCUCGAAAGCAAUCCACUGUAUAAGAGGCAGGCAAAAUCUGAAUCAGAUCUCAGUUUUGAACCGCUGGUUGCUUCGAUUGAGGACCUUCUAGAAGAAACGAGAACAAGUGCGAGCGAGCAAUCAAUUUAUGCAACGUGUGACGUUGACUCUCGGAGAUCUACGCCAUCUCUAUCGAUUAGCAGCGUUAUAUCGACUUCGAAACCAUCAAAAAGCCGAGGCCCAAGCCCUAUGGUGGCGAAAAGUAGAGCGCUGGAUCAUGAGGAUCGGCCAUUCACUCCGCGGUUGCCGCCUCUGCCUCCACAUCCACCUUUCAAUUUGCAUGGUUUUCCGCCGUUGCCACCAUCUGCAACGCCUGAUGGAGAAAAGCUGCCUGUUCAUCAGCAUUCUGUUAUUCAACCUCAUUCACACGGACCGUGUCUUAUUACGUAUCCAUGCCAGGUGUGCCCUGCAACAAUAACACCGCAAACGUCUUUUCCGCCGCCGAUGGAACUAUUGCACAACCAUUUAGGGACACCGUUUCAUUCUGGAGUGAUGCCACCGAAUGGUCAACGCGGAAAAUUGCAACCGCAUCGGAUGUGCGGUGGGAUGGGUCCUCCACUGAGCGCACGAAACGGUACACUUCCUUCAUUGCAAAUGAUGCGUUACCAAGGAUCGUCACAACCAUUUUUGUUUCCGAAAGGCGCUCCGCCUCCAUUUUUGCCGCCGAUGUUUGGUGGGCCAGGUUCACAUCCUUUAAGAAAUCGGUGCGGAGGGCCUCCAAGGCACUCUGCCAGUCAGCCGUUAGACCUGAAUCACUUGAAAUCUCCUCCACCAUCAGCAUCUUCAUCAUCAACGAAUGUU